GUUUUCAAAUUUGUUUUUUCUUGUGGUAAAAACAGAAUUCUAUUGGUUUAAUGUCCCACCAUAUGUUUGGUCAUUCCAAAAAGGUUGGAUAUGUGCUCAUUCCUCUUAUUUUCUGAUGAGGAAAUAAAGACUUCUCUAGGAAGGGGAGCUCAUUCAUCAUAGUCAUAGAAAUAUCCAUUCCGAGGCAGAAGAUAGGGUAUUCACUGAGCCACCUCGCUGCUUCUAGAUCUCUCCUCUCUCUGUCUGACUUAAUUAUAAACUUCCUGGCCUCUCCCAACUCUCAGGAACAAGGACGGAAAGUGUCUAGUCUUGGUUAUUGUAGGAAGGGAAAAUUUGGAAAGUUUUAAGGCCCAUUGAUUUGACCAACAGUCUUUGUGGGAUGAGAAACAGGGCACAUGUUUCAGAAUGAUGUGGCUGACACUUUCUUCUCACCCUGGGAAGUGAAUUCCCAGAGUGUUCCUCCAUAGUUCUAGGCUUAGAGGACACUGAUCCAACCUUUAAGAUUCUUCAAAAGUGACCUAAUUAACUUGGAGGAUAGCCAAGGUUUAAGAACAUACCAACCUCUCAGUAUUUGAGUAGGUCUCACUGAUGACCCCUGACCAUACCAAAAUAUUGAUUCCUCCUAUCCCAUACUUUCUGCUAAUAAACAAGGGGAUUUCCAGCACUUUUACUUUCAGUUUGGCUGAAAGUAUCCUCAAGCAAGCCAACAGGGCUUGGGCUGAGAAAAAAGGAGGAGGUAUGGGCAGUCAGAAUCAUUGGAGGACACUUGGCAGGCUGGAUGGUUAAAGACCAGGUUCCUUUUAUUCUUAGUUCUAAAUCGCCAUUUGGAGAUCUUGGUGGUGUGCCGUCUGACAGUGAGUACCCACUAUAUCAAGGAUACUCUACAGUGGAGUGAUUCUCAGAAUACUAUGCCUUGGUACACACUCAGGAACCGGACCCCAGACUCUUCUGUCUCUGAGAACUUGAAGCCUGUCACUAUCUCAUCAGGGAUCCUAGAACAUUAAUGAUGAAUCUUCUCAUCCUACGAACUGGUGCUAGAUCCAAAUGGACUCCUUAAGCAUGCAGGAGGAUGGGGAAAGCCUGCAUCACCACCUGGUGGGACUGCUCAGUGAGGAUUUUGAAUGGCUGAUCUCAAAGGCCAAGUUCUAUCUGCCUGGCCUAGACCUGGCUCCAGUGGAAAAGGUUCCAGACCUCAACCAGAAAGUCGACUUGCUCCUCAGGCAUCUGAGAUCCCAUGGCUCUAUAUGGCGAUCCUUCAUCGAUUGUGUCUGCAUGGAACAUACUAUGCCUCUGUAUCUGGAGACCAUGUUCUUGAGUGUCUGGGGUACAAGCAGUGAGGCUCCGAACCAGAACAAUUAUCUCCAAAACAGCGAAGAUACACUCGCCAAGUCCCAGCUCCUUCAUUCAGGCCUCAAGAGACCAUCUACUGAGAAAGGCUCCUCACCUUGUCGAAAAUGGUCCAAGCAACAGCAGCUAGAAUCAGCCAGAAGUUAUGAGAGGCUCCUGAGGGUUUGUCUCCAGCAAAGAUAUGGAAGUGCACAAACAAGAGCUGCCAUGCCCAGGCAAGGACGACCAUUCUCAUUCAGCCAGACCUAUGUGGAGCCAGUUAUACGUCGGGGAAAGGUAGCCUGGCUGAAAGAGAACCCAGAGAAACCACAGGGUGAUGCUCCUGAGGGAGACGAUGGGGCUAACUUGAAGGUGCAAGACUUAUUCAAGAGCCAUUCAGGCACAGGCACCAAGGUAACAGUUAUGCUUGGGAAGCCAGGGGCAGGAAAGAGCAUGUUGAUGCAUCGAAUCUGCCAGAAGUGGGCAGACGGUGAGCUGGACCAGUUCAGUAAAGUCUUCUACUUUGAAUUUCGCCAGCUUAACUUAAUGAAGCAGGAACUGACCUUUCUGCAGCUUCUCUUUGAAUUAUACCUGAGCCCAGAGGAUGAGCCUGGCGCCAUUUUCCAUCAUCUGCAGGAGAAUGCCCAUCAAGUCCUGCUAGUCUUCGAUGGGCUGGAUGAAUUCCUCUUCCCCUGGCCUAAUAAAGGCCCUAAAGUUGACCUAGACCCUACCCAGCCUGUGACAGUCUCCACACUGUUCUCUAGCCUUUGUAAUGGAUCUCUCUUGCCAGGCUGCUGGGUGGUAACCACCUCCCGACCUGGGAAGAUCCCAGCUUUCUUGCUGACUACAGCCACAUCAGUGUUUGAGGUCUGGGGCUUUGACUGGCUGCAGAUCGAGAAGUACGUCAGCAACUUCUUCCAUGGACUGCCCUGCCAGGACAUGGCCCUCACCCAGCUCAGGGACAAUGCCCGACUGCAGAGCCUGUGCUCUGUCCCAGCUCUGUGCUGUAUCAUCUGCAUCUGUCUCUAUCACCUCUUGCUCCAGGGAAAUACUAUGAACUUCCCCACAACAGUCACCCAAUUCUAUAUGCAAAUGCUCCAUACCUUUGUCAGCCGGAAGCAGGGGGCCUGUGGGGACAAAGGCACCUGGCUGAGCAAGAACUCCCAGGCUGUUCUGGGCCUUGGUGAAUUAGCCCUUAUGGGGUUAAAGACCAAGCGAGUAGUAUUCUACCCAAGUGAUAUUCCUGAACAGGUGCUGGCCUUUGCAGCAACCUACAACCUACUGUCCUCCUUCAGGGUAAAGACGGGAAUCAGUCAGCAAGAGACAUGCUAUGCCUUUGUCCACCUCAGCUUACAAGAGUUCUUUGCAGCCCUGUAUCUGAUGGUGAACCCCACCACAGAUGAGACUGAGCUGCGCCGGCACUUUUUCCUCAAGUCCAAAUGGUCCCUGAGGACUGAAGCCAAGACAGAACUCUUGGAUCAAUUCCAUACCUUUUUAUCGGGCUUCUCUUCCCAAACCUGCCAGGCUUUCCUGAGUCAGCUGUCACAACAGGAUGAAGCCUGGGUUGGUACCAAGCAGGCAGCCAUCCGGCAGGUGUUGCAAAGGCUGGCAGCCCGAAGCCUAACUGGUCCCAAAAUGAUAGAACUGUGCCACUGUGUGGUGGAGACCCAGGACCUUGAGCUGGUUAAGCAGGCUAGCAAACACCUUCCUUUCAGUCUGGAUUUCCAUAAUUUCCCUCUGACCCACACCGAUUUGGCUGCACUGACCUCUCUCAUCAACCAUGCUCCUACUUCUGUCCAUCUUGUUUUUUCUGGCUGUUCUUUGGAACCUCGGUGCCUCGAUGCUCUUGCUGACUGUGAGAAGAUUGAGAGUCUCAGUGUUCGAAGCCGUAAGUGCAGAGAUGCCUUUGCCGAAGCCCUUUCCAGGACUUUGCCAACAAUGGGAAAUCUGAAGAAAUUGGAGCUAACUGGAAAUAACAUCUCAGUUUGGGGCAUUGACCACCUGGUACAAGCGUUUACAGAUUGUCUUCAACUGGAAGAGAUUAAUUUGCAGGACAAUCGAUUGAAUGAUCCUGCAUGUCUAAGGGUCAUCAAGUCACUCCACAACAUGCACCGGUUACAGAAAAUUGACUUAAGUCGAAAUUCUGUCUCUGUCCAGACAGUCCUUGCCUUGGUAAAGAAAGCAGUUUCUUAUCCCCAGAUCACCACCUUGGAGAUUAGGCAAGCACAGAUCAUCAUUCACUUCUCUGAAUCCUUAGGAAAGGCUCUGGAAAUGUCACGAUUGCAGAAAGAGAAGAAAAAUGAGCCCCAAGAUAAGAUGGUGACUCAGGACAGAAAGCUAAUAUUCAGGCUUCAGAAAUGUGGCCUUGCUAUCCACCAUGCAAAGGAAAUAGCAGAGAUGCUCAAGCACAGGCCCUUCCUGGAAGAAGUAGAUUUAUCAGGGAAUCGAUUGGAAGAUGAAGGCUGCCAGAAACUAGCCGAGAUCCUGCCUGAUUUGCAAAUCACCAAACAAUUUAACAUCAGUGAUAAUGGGCUGUCUAAGACCAGUGUAUAUUGCUUGCUGACAGCAGCCAAUGCCUGCAAAAAUGUGAUGGAGCUGGAUAUCAGCCUGAAGAACAAAACUGCCAUCCUCAAAUUUGCUGAAGAUCAGGAGAAGGCUCAAACCCAAUCCAGAACUACAGUUUCAGUCACUCAGCCAUCCAAAAACAGCCCCAAGCUGCCAUCUCUGUCUGCCAGAAUGAUCAGACUAAGACACUGUGGUUUCCACUCCAAGGACCUUGAGAAGCUGUGUGGGGAGCUGAGCAAUUGCAGCCAUCUUGACUUAUCCAACAACUGUUUGGGCAGCAAAGGCAUUGAGAAACUGACUCACCUCCUCCCAGGCCUGAGAUCCCUGCAGUUGCUGACUUUGAAUGAGAAUAGAACAUCCUUGGAAGCUGUGUUCUGCUUAGCCUCAACCUUUUCUAACCUGGAGUGGAUCUAUGAGGUAGAUAUCAGCUUGGGGAGACAACAGUCCAUCCAUGUGAAAUGCUUCGGGAGAGCCAGGGAACAAAGUACCACUGGACACUGGACUAAGCAGAAUACUCAACAGGAAUCCCUAGAGAGGAUUGCACAUUUUCCCAAGCGCUUUUGUCUCCGAGAGUGUCAAAUGGAGCCCCCAGACCUAAAAAAGCUGCUCCAGAUUCUGAAGACAUGUCAUGGAUGUCUAGAGAUCAAAUUCUCCCAUGUUAUUAUGAGUGAUGAGAGCAUUGAGGAGUUACUGAACCACCUACCCCAGCUCCAUAGUCUGAACCUAUUACAAUUCAGCCAAACCAAUUUAUCUCAAAAGAGCACCUUCUUGUUGGCCAGUGCUGUUAACCUAUGUAAACAAAUUCAAAAGGUGGAAGUCAGGUCUCAGGAGUUUGCUUGCCUGAACUUUACUCCUGGAAGGAGGAAAGGAGUAUCCUGUGGGUUCACAGGUCACUGCAUCAGCCAAGUGGAUAUGAAGCAACUGUACUGGACUCUAGGACAGUGCAAAGAUCUGAGUCAUCUUGAUCUGUCGAGAAACUUGCUGGGUGAUGAAGGACUCAAAUAUCUUCUGGAGCAUUUACCUCAGAUGAAUCUCUCUGGCUCACUUAACCUAAGCCACAAUGAUAUCUCUUGGGAAGGAGCUAUGCGAUUCAUCACUGCUCUCUCUGCCUGGAGACAGGUCCAUGAAGUCUCAGUAAGCCUAGAUCCGGAGCAGAGGUUUCUGAUACAGUUCACAGAACACCCAGAAGCCAGAAAGACCCUGAGGCUGACCAGAUUCAGCUUCCAGCAGGAGCACAUUGCCAAGCUGGCCACCCUGGUGGGGCAAGUACCGAAACUGACUGACCUCAUAUUGACCGAUAAUACAAUAUCACUAGAAGGAUUGCAACUCCUCUUGAAUUUAGUAAAGAUGCCCUCGGCGAUACUGAGAAUCAGUGUUGAAGAGCCAUGGGUGGCUAAAACCAGUGUUACGUCAUUGCUGGAAGCAGGCAUCCAUACUUCAGGCAAUAUCACCAAGAUAAGCAUCUCCAGGCAAGAACUCCUUCUCCAAAUUGAGGAAGUGUUUUCCGGGGAGACAGAAAAUUCUGGAGCUACAACUUUCAGAUUCACCCAAGAUGACUUAGGAGCCAGCCAAACAUUUGUUAUCAGAUGGGUGGUUGAGAAGUACAUCAGACUACAAGAGCUUAGCUGGUCCCAGGUUCACCUAUGUGAUACCAGCACCCAGCUGCUCAAGACUCUGCUUCUAUCUCUCCUUGAAUUGAAGAAAUUCAGACUGACAGACAGCAGUAUGAGCCCUGUCGGGAUGUGUCAGGUGGCAUCUGGACUGAGUCACUGCCAUACUGUAGAAGAACUCGAUCUAUCCAAUAAUGAGUUCAGUGUGGAAGGUACCAGGGUGCUAAUGGGAGCUCUGGAAGGAAAGUGCCAACUUAAGAAUCUGAACCUCAGAUCCCUGCAACUGGACGAGAUGGCCUUGGAUGUACUCUCCCAGAGACUUCAGAGAAUGCCCCUCCUGCAAAGACUUGAUUUGAGCAACAGUGGCCUCAGCAGCAUCAGUUGCUCCUGCCUAUCAGAUUCCCUCAGGAAUGCCACCAACCUAGAAGAUCUGCACUUGAGCCACAACAAGAUAGAAGAUGCUGGGGUGCAGUGCUUGGCAGCUAUCCUGCCCAGGUUGCCACAACUCAGAAAGAUUGACCUCUCAUGGAAUGGCAUCAGCCCAGAAGGAGGCAGGAGGCUAGCCGAGGCACUGGCACUGUGUCACAGAGUGGAGGAGUUACAUUUAGGGGCCAAUGCAAUGGGGGACCUGAUGGCCAUGGAGUUGGCCCAGAAUCUUCCAAGGCACCUGAAGGUUUUGUACCUUUGUUUCAACCAGAUUGGCCCUGAGGGGACCCUGAGCCUGGGCCAGGCCCUUGCCAAAUGCCACUGCAUAGAAGAGAUCAGCUUGGCAGGGAACAUCUUUGCCGAAGGAUUUCUGCCCCUCUCAAAGGGGCUCCUGAAGCUCAGAAAAAUUAACCUCACAUCCUGCAAGAUUAAUGACCUGAUGGCCAAAUCUCUUGCCAGUAGCUUGGUUCUCUGUCAUGACCUUGAAGAGAUCUUGUUGGCCUGGAAUUCUCUUGGGAAUGAAGGAGCCACUGAGCUAGCCCAUGUUCUGCCUCAGAUGAACCAGUUGAAGAAAUUGGAUUUGGAGGGCAAUCAGAUUGGUUCCCUGGGAGCACAGCUGCUGGCAAAAGGGCUAGCUGAAGGUCCUGGAAUUCAAGUCAUAAGCAUGUGGAAGAACCCAGUUCCUGAGGAUAUAGCCCAGUUUCUCCAAGGACAGGAUCCUAGACUGAACUUCUCCUAACCAACCCCAGUGGAGGCCCAGAACUCUUCUCUCGAGCUCACCAGAUCCAUGCAAGGUCGAUGUAUGCCCCUUUUGCAGAGUGGGGAGCCAACUAGAUUUAGUGCUACCCUCAUCCACCCACCUGGUUACUCAGGGCAUCCUCACCUUGUCCUGGAGUCUCCAUGAUGUGGGGUCAUCAAGAUGCAAUCUGCCAGACAGAUCCCUCUUCUCCUGCAUAGACUCUCAAGAAAGGUAUUUACUUUGGACUGACUAGACAGGACAACCCCAUUGUUGGUCAGUGUGAAAUUUGGCAAGUUCUUCCUUCUCUCUAACCUCAGUGUGCUCAUUUGUAAAAAAAUUUGAACUAGAUGACCUGUAAAGGCCCCAUACAGCUCAAACAGAGUCUAAUAUGAUGCAAUGGAUGGUGGAAAAACCAACUUCUUGCUAACAUAAGUUUGAUGGAGGAUGUAUGUAUGUGUGUGUGUGCGCCCAUGCAUGUGUAUGUGUAGUGGCUUUUUUAAAUUAAGCAUAUGUAUUUAUAUAUAUAUAUAUGAAAUAUGUACAUAUUUCAUUCUUAGGAUGACUGAAAUGGAGAAACAUUCCCUCAUCCCUCACAGGUUCUAGCCAGCCUCCCUACUAAACCUUUCAGUUGGGUUGAAGAGAAAGUAGGGCAGCACUGAUCCAAGCACUUGGUAAACAUAAAAUAAUGAGCUUGAACUGUAGAGUCUGAAGUCCUGGGUUCUAGUCCCAGAUCUCUCACCAACUUACACAUAUGACUUCAGCCAAGUCAUUUCCCCCAAGGCUCUGCUCUAGAUGUCUUUGACCUUCUGUUGUAAGGGUUGAAAUGAUCUCUAAUGGCCCUUCUAACUCUGAGAUUCUAUUAUUCAACCCUGUAUAAAGUUACCAGCCUCAGUUUCCUCCCAGGGUUCCCUAAACUUCCCUUUCCCCUUUCAUUCAGAUGCUGAGCAUCUACUGAAUAUUUUGUACUUAUUCCUGUUAUCUCCCACUGAUACAGUAAGCUUCUAGAAGACUGUUGUUGUUUUUUUCUUUCUUUGAAUAGAAAGGGCAGGGAUACAAUGAAAGCCCUCUGGGCAUUGUGGACUUCCUCUGAACUAGAAAGAAAGGGACUUGAGUUCAAGUUCCACUUCUUUAAUUUAUUUUGUGACUUGGAAGUGUAUCUUAUCCUUUCUGAACUUUGACUUCCUCAUUUGUAAAAUGAUUUGGUUAUUAUCCUACUUGAACAAACUUGUUACAAUGAAAAAGGCACUAAUUCUGGAGUCAGAGGCCAACUGUUACUCUUGGUGCCUCAACUUCCUCAUCUAUAAAUGAGGAGUUUGAGCAAGAUAGCUUCAAAGUUUUCUCCAGUUCUAGGUCUAUGAACUAUGUAUCUACCUCAAAGGGUUGUGAAAAAAAAUGUAUUAAUAAACAUUAAUAAACAUUAGAA